ACUUUCAGGUGAGCUCUAUAAAGGGACCCGUCUAAAACCUGCUCUCCUCUGAGGUCUUAUCUUUGUGAAGACGAAACAAUAUAGGGAUGUGGUCAUUAUCUGUUUUUUGUAUUCUUGCGAUCGGGUACGUGAGUUGUGACCAAAAAUGCCAUGGGUCGCCAAGAAUGUACAACGGAAAGCGAUGUGCUUCGACCACCCGAUACAACGACUACCACAAGGGGGCGUGCGGGUGUGGACCAGCUUCCGGUGACAGCCAAUUCGGUUGGAAUCACGACCACUUUGUCACUGCCCCCAAUCAGAUGUUUUUUGAUGAAGGAUACAGUGGCUGGUGUGGUCAGCGAUGCGGAAAAUGUGUCAAGCUGACCACUACAGGUGGUUACGUUCCCGGACAAGGAGGCCCGACCCCCGCUGGCAUGUCCCGCGUGUUCAUGGUUACUAACCUGUGCCCCAACGUCUACCCCAACCAGAACUGGUGCAACCAGGGCACCGGGCCCUACGGAAACGGUCAUAACGACUAUGGAUACGUCGCUCAUUUUGAUUUGGAAAAUGGCGCCAGUCAGGUCUCGAACCUUGGUUGGAACAACCCGGAAGUGACGUGGGAGAUCGUUAAUUGUCAUGGCUCGAACACCCCCACGGAUGGAAUGUACCAACAAUGCCAGUGUGCUCAUCACGGUAAACGAUCGCUCAACGAAACAACGAACGGCUCGGAAAAUUGAUUCUGAUUCUGUUAUGCUGAUCAAAUUUAGUUUAAUAAAAAUUGUGUAAUAUUUAAUGUA